CACACCUGUUUGCAAUUUACCUGUGACUAUGACAGCUUAGCCACAUCCGCUCAAGUUUGUCAGGGACAUGGAAGAGUUAUGCCCCCUCGAAGAGUAACCAGUACAGAACCUCUUUGCUGUUGUGAGUACGAGAAUAUCAAGGGAGAGAAAAGUCAUAUUCUCGCCUGCUGCUGUGACUGUGAUGCUCUUGAUGAAGCUUUUGACAGGUGCAUAACCUGCCAGAGAAUUUCUCCCAGGAUGCAAGCUCGAAUUCUGAACACUGUUAGUGACCGGUGUCGAAUUCCCGGCAUUUUAGGACAUGGGGCCACGAAGCUUCGUCUUGACAUAAUUGUUCCCAUGGUAACAGUGCCACUAUGCGUCCUCAUAGCAACAACUGGACCAAUCAUGACUGUGCUAUCGCUAUCAUUCAUGCCACUGUUUAUGUUGUUUUUUUACCGAACAUGGCGAAGAAACUCCGAAAAGACGCGAACACCAUUCUUUUUCAUUUGGGGCUUGGUCUCUGUGAUAUUGAUGUUUGUGACGUUUCAAGCCUUCAUUGUUGCUUUCCGUGAAAUUUUAUUGUGGGAGAAUAUCAUACUAACAUCCUGUUUUUUUUGUAUGAUGUAUUAUAUGACAAAAGCUAAAUUGAAUAGUCACUCUUUACGUCCAUAUGCCACAUACAAACCCCGUCGGAGGGAAGAUAUUUAUAGCUCAAAUAACAAACACAAAAACAGCUCUAUGGAAAUGAAGGAGAAUUCAAAGGAUUAUACUCAAGUGGAUAUAGAGAAAAGCAUUAGAGAUAAUAAUAUUGGGAUAUCUCUUGAACAAAUGACAUCUACAUCUUUACCUGAGGAGGAUGUCACAUGGGUGGACUCUCGACCAAUCACAGAUGGGAAAUUGAUCACCUGGUGUGAAGAAUGUGGAAUUAAAAAGCCGCCUCGCUCAGGGCAUUGUACUGUAUGUAAAGCCUGCUUUGAUGUGCGUGAUCAUCACUGUGUUUGGAUAGACUGUUGUAUAACUGCUAAUAAUCACCGUCAUUUCAUGGCAGCCAUGAUGUUGUUUGUGUUCUGUGGGUUCUAUGGCGUCCACCUCACUUUGACUACUGUCUGCACACCUCAGUUGUACUACGGCUGGUUCCUGCUCCCAAAUGACUGUCGGUUUUUAUAUGUUGAUUUCCAGACAGCAGUGAGUUUUGUCAGUGGGCUGUACAGUUUGCUGGCUGCGUGUUUAAUGUCCUGUAACCUGCUGUAUCAAACCAUCCUAAUCUCUCAGAACAUCACAUCCCAGGAAAUGCACAUGGCCAGCAAACGGAAAAUGACCAAGUGCUAUGGCCUCAGGGCCUGUAAAAAUAUUCACGAUCGAGGAUUUUUUAGAAAUAUUUUACUAUUUCUCACCUCAAAGAGGACUAAUAUGGGUGUUAUAAAAAUAUAAAUGAGUUAAAGGGGUAUGUUACAUACAAAUCUUGAUAUAAUUGUUAAAGGAGUAUACUACAUUUCGAUGACAGUAUGGAAGAGUUUAAGGUGUAUGGUACAUUAAACCACUAUUAGAAUUGUUAGUGGUGUAUAUUAUUUAGAAUGGCAGUAUGAAAGAGUAUGGUACAUUAAUACACUAUUAUAAUCAUUAGGGGUGUAUGUUACAUUGCAAUGGCACUCAGCAAGGAAUAGUUAAACGUGUAUGGUACAUCAAUACAUUAUUAAGAUCAUUAGGGGUGUAUGCUACACUUCAAUGGCAGCAAGGAAGAGUUAAAGGUGUAUGGUAUAUUUCAAUGACAGUGAGUAAAAGUUAAAGGUGUUACAUGAAUACAUUAUUAGGAUCAUUAGGGGUGUAUGCUACACUUCAAUGGCAGCAAGGAAGAGUUAAAGGUGUAUGGUAUAUUUCAAUGACAGUUAGUAAAAGUUAAAGGUGUUACAUUAAUACAUUAUUAGGAUCAAUAGGGGUGUAUGCUACUUUACAGUGACAGUAUGGAAGAAUUAAAGGUGUAUGCCACCUUGUAUUUGUGUCCUAAAGUUUUUAAGUUAAGGGUAUAUGAUACAUUAUGUUGAUAGAGUUUUAACUCAUCUACAUAUGGCAUAUGGCAACUCUCAUCUGUAUUUUAAUCCAUGGUCCAAAUUGUCAGCCUUAUUUCUCUAAAUGAAUUUGAGUGUGACAUAUAUGUACAUUAAGGUUACAGAUGUGAUGUGUUUUCGAAUUAUGCUACAGGCCUAUUGGGCCUCUUGUCAAACAGGUAAAUAGAAUAUAUACAUUGUAUAUAUAAAAUUCAAUUUACAUUUAGAGCCAUGUUCCUUGUUGUUGAGUAAGAAAAAUGUCUGCAAUUUAAUACUUUACUUAAAAGCCAUCAACAGUUUCUGACUAAAACUUGAUAAGUUAUUAGUAAAGCUGAUAAUUCACAACAAUUCAUGAUGGUUGAGGUAGAUAACUCUUACAAGUAUUUGACAUGCAAUGUAGCAUAAAAAGGUACAAAUUGUAACAUUCCAAUUGUAAGUCUUAUCAUGUUAAUAUUUUCCCUCCUUUCAUCAAUAUUCAGUAGGAAGUAUGCAUUUGUUUACUAGUUAUAAUUUUAAUGUUCAUCAAAACUAUCAAAAAUAUCUACAAAGAUGAUGACAAGAUUUUUUUUAGAAGCCAAAAUUAGAUUAAAACUUAAAAAAAAAAAAGAUGUAAAUGUUCAUUCUUUUAUUGAAAAGUAAACAGCAUUUUGUUGAUGAAUUUCUGUUUAAAUUUGAUCUGGAUUUUAAAAGACUAUUUUGAAAUAUUUUUUAUCUUAUUUUCAUUCUUUAAUUUCAUACUUUUAUAUAAAAAAACAUGAGAGAAAAUAGUCUUUAGUUUAAACAAAGAUACAGGCAAGAAAAAGUUUCUGUGACUUAAAAUUGAAUAAAGUUAAAUUUAAAUGGAUGAUGUCGCUAUUUAUUGAGGAUAGAACAAAUAAAUGUGAUUAAAACUUUUUCAGAAAUUGUCAUUACACUGAAAAGUAGAAACACAUUUUUGAAAAAUUUCUUUUGCACAUGAUUUAUACCAAUACACACUUCUGUCAUUUUUCAGUUGAUUCAGUCAUUAUAGGCCCUUACCGAAAUCAUCAGUUGGUGGAUUUGUUAAAUCAUAUUUACCUUUCUGACAAAGUGCAAAUAUUGUAAUUUUUGUGCAGUCACAUGAAUUGUGAAAUUAAUUCCUCAGGUAAAUUGGCAAUUAUGGUGUAAUCAACCCUAGUAGAAUAGAUAUGUAUUUAAAUACAUUAUGUAUAGGGUAAAUGUUUAUAUUUGUCCCCAUGUGAUUUAUGUGAUGUGAAAGUCUAUAUAUGAGGAUCAUCUGUUAAUCUAUAUGCACUGUUCCAGAUAUUUGUGCACUGUCCCAGGUAAUUGUAUAUAUAUACAUUUUUGACUUAUAUUAUACUUGUGUAAUAGUUAACUAUUUUCUAAUCAAGCUCAUUAUAUUUAACAUUGUUAAUUGUUAUUGAAACAUCAGGUAAUCAUUGAAAUCCUGUCUGCAAGUUGUGACUGUUGAAUCUAGCUAGAAAAUAAUUUACAUAUUUCACCAACUUACUUAAAUUAUUAAAAUAGAAUUUCUUUAUUAAUUCAUGUAUUUAAUCUUAUUGAUAUGAAUAUGUUAUCUACUGUUCUUUGCCUUUAAAGCACAUUUUAAAAUCUUAUUUGUUUUCAUGUAAUGGAGAUAAUUAUUUUUUCAUUGCCUUCCUCCUAGUUCAUCUACCUUCAGAGAUUCUACAGAAUGAAGCAUAGAUAAAAUCUCUCUGUAGGAAGUGGCCAGAUGUUUUUACCAUGCAGAUGAUACAUCGUGGCAUAUUACUUCACAUGUUCUCCAGAAGAGACCCCUGUCCCAGGUUUUCAAGUGGUACUAUAAUGGUGGUGCCCAUGUAGCAGAAGUCGUGACAUAUUUCAAUGUCUCUGCUUGAGAUUGAACCUUGAACUUCAGACUUUCUAGUCCUGUCCGAGGUUUUCCAGGGGUAUUUUUUUGUUCUUGUGAAGAUAAACUGUAUAUAAUGUCAAUGUUUCCUUCGUCCCUGCAUGGGCAUACCCAUACCCCUGUAACAGAAGUCAUUGUUAUUGGUGCCUCAGAUCAGACCCCUGGGACCUGACUGGCAAUCUAGUCUGAUACGCUCAAGCAAGCUUAAGAGAAAUUCUCCCUGACCGAGUUAGAAGGAAGUUUCUAACAUUUUAAUAGGGUGGUGCUUAUAACUAAUGGGGAGCAUGCUUAAUGAAAAACUGCCCUUACACGCAAGUACAUUUGCCUUAUAAUGUGAGAAAUGAGAUAUCUAACAAGUCCAUAUUUGGCAUCUGCCUUACAAAGCACCUGUCAUUGUCAAAAUUUUGAUAAUUUUGUUGUAAUUGAAAUUUUUAUUCAUUUUCAUAGAAUAAUAUGCACAUUACUUGAAAUAUGAUAUCUUAUAUCCUUUUUGGAGGUCUUGCCCUAUGGUGUCUUCAUAUUUCAAAGGAAUGAGUCCCUUUUUGUGGAUUUGCCUGGGUAAUUGAAAUAUACCAGUGUGUAAUGAUUUAAUUUGUAUUGGAAUAUCUUCCUUAUCAAAUUAGUACCUUUCAUAUUUUUUCCAUGAACUGUAUAUAUUUCUUUCAGGCAUGCACAUAUACUUUUUGGGAUAACGAUAAUCUAUUUUAUAUUGAUAAUGGUAAAAUUGAUAAUUGUGGUGAAGUGUGCAAAAAUAUUAGAUUUAACUCUUUGAUAUUUUUUUCCUUUAUCACAACUUUGUCAUUUAAGUGUGUUCCCUCCCGAUACUCCAGGGGUUAUGAUCUCAUGUGCUCUUAUUACAAGAAAACAGCAUACGAGAUUGUAACCCCUAAAGUACAUGUAUCAAGGAUGAGUGUGUCCAGGGCUUUAGGAUGCAUAUGGAAAAUAUGAAGACAUGGAAGUUUAAAAAGCAAAUUUACACAUGAAGUCCAUGGGGGAGAGCAAUUUACACAUGGAUGCGAUGUUUUUCUGUUGCAUAGAUGAGAAUUAUGUCAUAAAUAUAAUUAUAGAUUGAUCUUUAUUGAAAUGUGAUUAUAUUAGAAAAUGAUUUAUUUUUAAUUACAGAAAUAACUGUAGAUAUUUUAUAUGUUAGUGAUAUAUUUUUUUGUGAUAGAAAUGUUUUGUGUGAUUUUUUAUUGUAUGAAAAUCCUGAAAGUGAAGAAGGGAUAUUUUGUAUGAAACUGGGUCAUCUUUCAUUCAAAAUUGUGUUUAAAAGCAACAGGAAAAUGCAUAUUUUGAUAUUUUUUGGUUGUGAAAUUAUAUUAAAUGUAAAUGUGAUUCUAUCCAAUCUUUAUGGGCUCUUACUCUCGUUCCAGAGAGGCCAUGAACCUUACUUUUUUCCUGUCUUUAUAUGUGUAUGUAUAUAUAUAUAUAUAUAUCAAUAUUAUGUUUGUGUGUGUGUGUAUUUAUUUAAGUUUUCCAGAUCAUACAUAUGAUUUCAACAAUUAAUUAAUCAUUAAUAAUAAUAAUAAAGAUAUUUUCAGCAUUAAAAUAUCUUUCCUUAAAACAAUUUUGACAAGCGAAGUUGGUGUGAAUCCUGAACUGUGAAGGUUCACAGAUCAUAACUUUUAUGCAAUGUAUUGGGUAAAUACACAAGUGUGUACGCUAUAUUACAUUUCUUCUUUAGGCGUAUUUCUUGUCAAUUUUCAAUCUAACUAAAUCAGUCUUGUGAUUUCUGCUCUUCUACAAUACUCUACGAUACACUGCAAUACAAGAUUUAACAAUACCCUGUGGGAGGUCAUCUCAUCAUGCUCUUCUACAAUACUCUACGAUACACUGCAAUACAAGAUUUAACAAUACCCCGUGGGAGGUCAUCUCAUCAUGCUCUUCUACAAUACUCUACGAUAUACUGCAAUACAAGAUUUAACAAUACCCCGUGGGAGGUCAUCUCAUCGUGCUCUUCUACAAUACUCUACGAUAUACUGCAAUACAAGAUUUAACAAUACCCUGUGGGAGGUGAUCUCAUCGUGAGCAGAGGAGCGGAAAUUACAAGUCUAGUUUUAAUUAGAUUGUGUCAAUUUUAAAAUACUGGUCGGCUAAUAAAACACAAACCUGUUUUAAUGUACAUGGCCACAUGAAUGUUUGUAAAUCAGUCUAGCUAAAGCUAUAGAGAAUUCCUACAAAUUGAAUAUUGUAUGUUUGAUUAUAUUGGUAAAUUAAGGUGUAUGAUUUCCAUAAGAACAAAUCAAGUAGAUGCUUUUGUGCAAUUUUUGUGAAAACUAGCAUCAUAUGAAUUUCUAACUUGUGAGGAAUAUCCCUAUAAUUCCUGCAAACCUCGAAAUAUUAGCCCCUUAAAAUUAUACAGAAGACCUCAUUAUACAUUUUACAUCCAAACAAAAAUUCACAGCAAUUCAUGUUUUCUAUAGUAAAUUAUCCUUUAUCAUCUCUACCUACGGUUACCAUGACAAUGUACAUAUUUUAAUGUUUUGUAUUCCAUAAACCUAUUGUAAUAAGUGAUGUACAUGUAUCCAUAUAUACAUGUUUUUAUAUUUCAUUGUUUGAAUUAUGCAUAGAGAAAAAUUGUUGAACAUAUCUAUGAAAAAAUGUGAAUCCUAAAAAAUGUUCAGAUGAUAGUGUUAUAUAUUUGAUCAGUGUAUGAACUGUAUAAUGAGAACGAUUAAGCCAAACUUGUGUACCAGGUAAUCUUUUUUUAGAAAAUUCGUGUAAAUCAAAUAUUGAUUCUUAAACUAGCUAUAUAGUCUGUUAUCCUUUUUGAUAUACAUGUAUUUACAAAAGCACAGGGACUUGACACAAAAUUCUAACCCCAUAGUAAAGAUAUAUGUAUACAUUUUAUGGACCAUGGAUUGGGAAUUCAUACCAAGUGCCUAUGUAUAAAAGGUCCCAGUUUAUUACAUUCAAUGAUAUCGGAGGUUAUUUUUGUCACUCAUAUCUCUGCUGUUACAUCACUUUAGUAAAAUAUUAUAGUAUACAUGUAAUAGAUAUACAUGAACCAUUGGUUGGGAACUUUAACCAAUCCCCUGUGUACAGAAGGUCCCAGUUUUUACAUUCAAUAUCAAAGUUACAUUCCUCAGGUAAAAUGCCAUUUUCAUCUCCUGAUGUUAAAUUUAACUACUAAAGGCUAUUUUCACCAUCCAAUAUCUUCAAUUCAUCCAACACAGUAUUAUUAGUUUUUAAUGGUAUAAGUUGAUAGCACUUAAUCAUCAUUGUAUUACCAGACAUUUGAAGUAAUUAGCACUGCCUCAAUCCGUGUAUUGCUGGUAUGAAGUCUACUCCUAUAACAUAAGAGGCCGCUGGUCGGCUCUUUUUCUAUCGGAUAUUAUUUUGCCAACUGUUACAUGGCGCCUGUCAAAAGUAUCUCGCCGUGUUAAACCUCUAACAUUGUUGGAGUAGUAUGAAGUCUUCAAUCACAAUCCAAAAACUAAUCUUCAAUUACAAUCGAAAAAAUAAAUGUAGUGUCUCCAAUUAGGCUACAAUCUGAUAAUUGGUCUCCAAUUACAAUCCUAAAAUUACUCUCUAAUUACAAUCCGAAAAUCAACCUCCAAUUACUAUCCUAAGAUUUAAGGUUAUAUUCAUUUCUGGUAUUACACUAUUAUUUUUGUCUUGCUUAUUCUUCAGAAAUCCCAUUUGUUAGUUUUAUUUACAUUUGUUUUUAAAUCAUCUAGUGAUAAGCUAUCCCACCUAGUACGAAUGCACUGCAGGGACUGUACAAAGGACUUGUGUUACCAGUAAUGUUGAAUGUUUGUGCUGAAAAAUCAUUUUCAAACUGUAUCAUACAGCUGCUUCAUCUUUCUCAGGCUUCUUAAUGGGUGGUUAAGGUUUCCCCGACACUUUAUCAUUAGUGCUCCACCUCUGGGUUGCGAGUUCGAAACUCACGUGAGGCAGUUGCCAGGUACUGACUGUAGGCCGGUGGUUUUUCUCCGGGUACUCCGGCUUUUCCUCCACCUCCAAAAUCUGGCACGUUCUUAAAUGACUCCAGCUGUAAUAGGAUGUUAAACAAAACAAACCAAAUCUCAAGGAUGCUAGAGCUAGGACAAAAGUUUAGAAUUCUACAAGGGAAUUGAGGGAAAUUGAAAUAGGCAUGAAGAGAUAUUGAAAUAAGGAUUGAUACAUACCUCGUAUGCAUUAACAACCCUCAUUAAUGGGUAAAUUUAUUAUUUAUUAAAAAAAACAUGAAAAAAUUGUUGAUAUUCCAAACAGGUUCCAUCAUUCAUAAGAAUUUAAAUAUGGCAUAUUAUUUUUCUAUUUUUACAGUCAUUCCAUUCAAAAUGAUACCAUUCCAGUCACGACAAUUUGUAUUUUGUUGAAUUAAAUACAUAUGUAUGUUGUUUCGUGUUACAAUUUACCAUUUAUACAUGUACCAGGCGUACCUAAGGUUGGCUCUGUUAUUUCACUGUGUAGAGCGGAGUGAGUCAUGUGAAGACAACAAAUUAUUACUAACUUUUUAUAUCGAUCUGGCAUCGAUUGAUCUCCGACCAAAAAGUUGUCAGAAUAAUUUGGACUAUCAUGUGGACUUAUUUUUCAAACUUGAGCAGCUGUUUUAGUAACGUUAUUAAUAAAUAUUAGAGGUGCCUUUCAAUCAACUCUUUUUUCUGAGUUUAUCUUCUGCCUUAAAAGUUAGAUAUAUUGACGGUAUAUAUAGAUAUGACUGAUGGUGUUGCUUGGAUGUGUUCACAAUUUUUGAUAAAUGACGCUCACGUUUUGCAAAAUCAUACUACUGUUAUACAAUAAAUGUAUCUCAUGUC